AUGGGAGUCUUACCUCGGGUGAAGCUAUUUUUAAACCCAUGGGGGAACUAUGAGGACUUCCAGCAUCAUGCACCAGCACAAAGACGUAAUUUUAUCAUCAGUCGGUUGGAGAGUGCAAGGCAGAGGGAAUGGCUCUGGGUGGUAGUCGUCGCCGGGGUCGGCUUUUUUGCUGAUGCGUACUGUAUCUUCUCAGUCAACAUGGUCGUCCCUAUGAUUAGCGAAGUCUAUUGGGGCAGUUUGGACGCCAAGCCUGACCACGUCCACAACUAUGAGGUCGGCCUUAGCAUCAUGACCUUAGGCGGCGCGCUCGUAGGCCAGAUUCUUUUUGGUAUCGCCGCGGAUAUCUGGGGUCGCCGGAAGAUGUAUGGAUUGGAGUUGAUUGUCUUGAUAUUCAGCACCCUUGGGAUGUCGAUGUCAUCCUCUGGCAAAUAUGACUCUAUGUCCAUAAUCGGGGUUCUUCUGUUCUGGCGGUUCUUUAUGGGAGUGGGAGUGGGAGCCGACUACCCUUUAUCUGCUGUGAUCUGCUCCGAGCUUGCACCCACUCGCAUAAGGGGUCGAAUGAUGGCAGCUGUCUUCCUCUGCCAAUCACUUGGACAGACUGCGGCGGCACUCAUUGCUCUCAUCGCUGUUGCCGGCUUUCGACAUAGCCUACCUAAUGACCCAGAACUUCGAGAGUGUACAGGAUCUUGUGUUCGCAAUUUAGAUAGCAUAUGGAGGUUAAUAGUGGGUCUGGGAGCGGUACCUGCAUUUAUCGCCAUCUGGUUCCGAUUGACGAUCAUUGAAUCCCCUCGGUAUACCGCCGAUGUCAUGCAGAAUAGUCUCCAGGCUGCUGCAGAUAUCUCUCAGUUUUAUCAGUCAGCGGAUAUUUCCUCAGCCUCUAGUCUAGGCCAUGAGUCACUCCACCCAGUCGAAGAGACGAUAUCACUAUCCCCCACCCAAACUCGUGAAAACGGCUUUACCCCAUCAGUCAUCUCUCGGCAAUCAAGCUCUAUAGCAUUGGAGAAUAUCUCUAGCCCUCAACACCAUUUUUGGAGAGAUUUCAAAAAUUUCCUCCAGCAAAAGCGCAACCUCCGGACGCUCGUGGCAACAUCUUUGUGCUGGUUCUGUCUCGACCUGCCGUUCUACGGCCUGGGGUUGAUGAAUGUGGACAUUAUAAAUACCAUCUGGUAUGGGAACCAUAUUCCGUCUGCAGGAGUAUAUCAAUCUCUUCUUCGGGUGUCAUAUCAGAGUAUCGUGGUCGUUUCAUCGGGCGCUAUCGUCGGUAGCUGUAUAGCAGUGCUAACAGUCGACCGAAUCGGGCGGCGGAAUCUGCAGCUGCUUGGCUUCUGUUGCCUCUUCAUUCUCAAUGUGAUCAUUGGUGCUUCAUUCCGAUAUCUGAGCACACACGGCGACUCUUCAGCCUUGGUCGUACUUUAUGUUCUGACUCAGAUAUUCUUCAACUUCGCCGCCUCUGGAAAACUAGGUUCUAUUCUUGCCCAGUGCUUCUUAGGGUAUGUGGACUUUGGCAAUGGUGCAACCUGGCGAAACGUGCCGGAUUGGCUAGGAUAUGCACUUCUCUGCUUAUCAUUCUUCAUGCUGAUGGGUCUGAUUGCUACCUUGUGGAUCCCUGACACUAGGGACAACGAGGGAAACAAUAAGUCUCUGGAGCGCAUCGCCGAUGACAUGCAGGCAAAAGAUGCACACCCCGUGGAUGAGGGAGAAACCGGCAGCAUCCACACGCAGUCUACUAUGCUGACGGCUGGCCCAGGCUGGAGAUCCACAUGA